AUGGCGGCACAUCGCGAGUCCGUGCGGCUCGUCGUGCGUCUCGACCCAUUCGCCACCACGCACAUCAACUACGCGCACCUUCUUCGACAAGCUUCCCCCGCACAGCCUUCCGCGCCUCUUGUACCGCUUUUUUCCGGGCUCCAGUCGGCGGAAGGCGCGGGGAGUGGUGAAGGUCGCAGCGAGGCCGAAGCGGAUCGCGCAGCGGCGACGGGCGACGGCGAGAGGGAGCGAGCGGGAGGCGAUGCGCAGGCGGGGAGUGCGACCUCGCUGGCGGCGCGCGGCAGGGAGGCCGCGAAGGCGGCGGCGGCGCUGCUGGCUGAUCCGCUGCCGGAAGUGAGGAACAGAUUCAGCGCCGUCAUCGACAAGAUCUCGCGCCUCUACGCGGGCUCCGACAGUGAUGAUGACGACGGCGACAUGCACGAUGGGCGCGCCGCAGCAGGGGGAGCAGCCGCAGGAGCACAAAGGGGUGCGGAGGGGCAGCGCGCGGCAGGUGGAGCGCGGGGCGGCGAGGGGGAAAGGGGGGGAGGGAUGGAGGGCUGGGAGGGGUGUGAGGGAUGGGAGGAAGGCGGGGGGUGGGAGGAGGAGUACGACACGGCCGACCCCUUCAUUGAUGACUCUGACCUCAAGGAGUAUUUUUCCUCCAACCGCAAGGCAAGGCGAGCGGGCUUCUUCGUCAACCGAUCCGACUCUCACCAUUCACCCCCCAGUCCUGCCUCGCCUGGCGGGUCGCCAUCAGCAGCAGCGCGUGCAGCAGGGGGGGCAUCAUUGAGAGGCACACUGCGGGGCGUGAAGCAGGCGGCCAGGGCGGCAGGGGGGGCGGUGGCAGGCAGGGGCGGGCAGGGCAGGGGCGGGCACAAGGCGCAGCGCGUGCCAGCGCUGGGCGUGCGGCGCAGGGGGGCUCUGAAAGGGGGGGUUGGAUUGGGGCAUGGAGGCCGGGGCCCAGGCGUGGGGCUCAUGAUGAUGGGCAUGCGUGGCACGGGCAGGGGCAGGGGCGGAGGGAGGGGACGCGGGAGAGGGCACGGAAGGGGAACGGCGCGUGGUGCUGCUACUGCUCACGCUGCUGGGGCUGGCGGUGGAGCACAUGAGGCGCGCGCUGCCCUGGCAGCUGCUGAACCGCAUGCCCUCUCACAGCAGCCGCCGCAACAGCAGCAGCAGUAG